UGCAUAAACUACGUAUUCAAUUAUUUUUUCUGUAUUUUUUUAUUUGUGGAACUUUCCUACUUUCGUUGCCGAUUAUUUGAUGAUUAUCUUAAAUCAAUUGUUUUAUUCGUGUAGAUACUAAAACUUUUUCAUCGUAUCUCUAUCAUCGCGUAGUAACUGAUGAUAACCCCAACCACGUGGAUGUCGCCCUUUUCAAUACGACAUGGGGAAAAUGUGCCUCCAGUGGCGACUGCGUCAACCAAAAUAUUGAUUUAGUAAUGCAGAAGGAUUGCAGGAAUAGACAGCACGCUGUUGAAAUGACACCAAUGUUUUUAAAAAAAUUGUGAAAAACGAAACGAUUCGGGAUUUUUCAGUAGCAUGUGUUUCGGUUGUUGUAUUAAAAUUACAGUAUACGAUAAUUAAAUGGGUAUUUUUGAAGAUUUCGGUAGGAGUUUAACACACUGGUCAUUCGGACUCUUCGUUUUGAUAGGAUUGGUUACUUCAGAAUAUACGGGUGCAGAAACAGUGAUAUGCAUUUUUGUCGCCGCUAUAUCUUCGAUUCUAUCAGGACUAUGUUCUUCCAGUACACUAAAACCACAAGAACAAUACAGAAAAAAGAAACUCUCAGAUGUACUGGAGUUCCUCAUCCUCUGGCUGGAUAUCCUGACGGAUUUAGUGGCCGGAGCAACCUGUGCUCGUCUUGCUAGCGCCACAGUCGAUUACAUAAGUAAAGGCCAUUUUAGAGAGUUUCUCUUUGGAAUGGAACAACAUUCCCUAGGGGAACCAUGGCCGGAUGUAUUAGGAGUUACUAUCAUAGUGGUCGUUACGAUUUUGUUUAUGUUAGGCCUCGAGAAAUCUCCGACUAUAUCCGUACUGAUAUUAAUAACGUUAAUAUCUACUUUUAUAUUUUUUACAAUUACUGGAAGCCUCCAUACUGUGAUAAAAUUCCGAAAAUGGUGCGAAAGUUUUAAAAUACACACUUUUAGAAAGGUUUUAAGAGCAGCCGCUAAGAUUUUCUUUGCGUUUGUACAUAUCUUUCCCAAAAUACACAACAAUAAUUGGAUAAAAAUGUCUGCAAUAAUUUUUACUCCCCUAUUAUUCUACACAUCAACUGCAAUAAUUUUUUCUAUGAUGACUCAUCACAAGGAAUUAAUUGGUAGAGCGAUUCCCUUGGUUCAAGUGUUCGAAAGUCGUGACGUGGAUUGGGCUCGACCAAUUAUGGCUGCUAGUACAAUAUUUGUAGUUUGUCUUAUACUAACCGAAAUUCUGCCGUCUGUCUAUAACUCAUUUGUAAAACUGGCCAGCAAAGAAUGGAGAAUAUUUGUGCCCUCAAUUCAGUACAGAACUUCUGUGACUGGUGCACCUAUUUUAGCAAUAUUUGCAGCAGGAAGUUUAUCAGCCAUCCUCGCAUUUGCCUGUCCAUUGUCGCAUUUAAUUAAACUUUUGAAUACAGCGGCUCUAUUUAAAUGCGCUCUGCUUUCCUAUUUACUUGUUUACAACAGAUAUAAACCUGAAAUUACCUAUGAUUAUUUAGUUCACAACAGUAACAUUCAGUAUAGUAAACUACAAGGUAAUGGCCAAAACUCGAUAUUACGAAGUAAUCUUAAUUGGACUACAGUCAAAGAGAAACUUAGAAAUUGGUUUAAAAGGAAGCCUUACUACAUUCACAAGUUAGGUUCUCCUACAAAUAUCACUCAAAAAAUAGCCCCCAGGCGAAGAGUUGAGGAGCGCGAAUGCCUUUUACUUGAUGACUACAGUGUCAAAUCAAUGGCCAUGGAUGCGCCUGAAGAUACAGGAUCUGAAGCCGGCGAUGAAUCCAUUGUUGGUUCGGAUGAUGAAAAUUCUGGUAGUUCUACAGACAUUGAUAUUGUAGUGGAAGAAUAUAAAGAAGGUCUUAAGGUAGCGACAGUAGGAAAAUUUAACGAAGGCAGAAGGUCUACUAGAAUAACAUCAACUAUUGUUGGUUGUUGUUUAAUUUUAGCACUAUUAUCAUCGACAUGCUUAGCUCUUUAUGUUGAAAGAGUUUUCAGCAUCUGCUGGCCUAGCAUUGUAGGUCUGAUUAUAUCUAGUUUGGUAAUAACUGUAAUGCCUCAAAAUACUACAGACAAAUCAAAAGAAGCAAUUUUGCCGUCCAUUAUAUUUCCCUUAUGUAAUAUUGUUUCCAUGGCUUUUAGUAUUAGUCUUGCCUCUACUAUAUUUGCCGAUAUUUGGCAGGGAAUAGUAUUUUGGUCCCUAGCAGGAUUAUUAUUAUUUUGGAGAUGUGAGUGCUGUACCUGCGAGGGUCUGUUUAGAAGUCCAAAAGUUCACAGUCAAGUUAACAUAACGCCCAAUACAUCGAUGGCCGUCGAGUGCAACUUUAAAGAACGCAUACCUGUACCUGUGACGGACACCAUCUACAUAACCAGAUGACAUGACGACUUCUUGGAUGAUGAGUUGCUUAUCUCUGAUUCCGAGGAAGAUAUUUGAAACGUGUUUGAGUUAUGUAAGGUACUAGGCGAUUCGUAGCCUGAUAGUGUGCUAAUUUAUGAGUUUUUCAUCUAAAUGUUGAAUGUUAGCGCACUGAGCAAAAACAAUGCUAUGGAAAUGUCAAUCGCUUUAUUUUUCAGGUAUAAAUAUCCUGCAAAAUACUGUACAAGUUUUCUUCGACAAUAAGCGUUAAAACUUCGAAAAAUCAAAUAAUUAUCUGUGAAUAUAAAAGGCAAACGACACAUAAAAAAUAUUUAUUUUAAAUAAAUUAACAAAAGUGUGUACAAAAAGUAACGUAUUUACGUAAUAUACCCUAUUCCACGAACACACGCCUGUUUUGGAUUACUUCGACAACGAAUAUUUUACUGUGCAAAAUAAGAAGAACGGAAGUUAAUUGCAAAUUACGUUGUUGUUUAUUGGAAUAAUUAUUAGCGCCAUUUACUUUCGUACUUCUUAUGUUGCACAGUAAAAUAUUCGUUGUCGAAGUAAUCCAAAACAGGCGUAUGUUCGUGGAAUGGCCCAUAUAAAGAAUUAUGGCAGUGUUUAUAAUAUAUUUUCUAAUAAUUCCGAGUAUCUGCAUAAGGCACUCAGAAAUACAGUCUACAGAAUACCUACAUACUUUUAAAAUUCAUUUCUGUAAAUCUAGCUUGACCAAAUGAUAUUUUGCUUUUGUCAGUUUAGUUAAUAUUUUAUUACAAAGCCAUAUGCUACCCGACUUUCUCAUCUUCUUGGAAUGAAAAAAUUAAAUGUCGCGUGUCGCAUGAUUCUACGAAUUAUUCUAAACAUUUUACAACAUGAUUCCCCACAACUUGUCCACCCAAUAUAAUUAUCUCUUUGUCUAUAAACUUCACAGCUUCAUAGUUUGAAGUCCAAUAGAUUUUCAAUAGGGUUCAACUUUGAACUUUCUGCUGGCCGUGACAACAGUGACGACGCGUGACUUUUUCUAAAGUGUUACCAAAACCAGAUGUAAAAAAUCUUAUUUAAAAAAAUUAUUUUGAACUUCCCAAAUACAAGUUUUUGUUUAUUUGCAAAAAUGUUAAUAACAGAAUUGUAUAAAGAGGAUUUUAGCAUUAAUCCAUUUAAAAAGCGUUUCUCAAUGGAAAUUAAAGGAAACGAGGACAUUCAAUCUUGCAAUUGGGUAUUUCUUUGGCAGGUUUUAUUCCGCUCCAUUGCUGAAAACCUGCUGUCAACGGAUGCACUUGUAGCCAAAACUGUUAAAAAUAGGUUUGCCAAUUUAAGAUCUUCCUAAAAUGCAUUAUCAAGUUAUCGAUAUAAUCUGGAUUAUUAAAAAGAAAUGUCAAUUCUGUUUACUCUGUCAAAUUUUUGUCCAUAUAGCUUUACAAAUUGAUGAAAGGCAUCUGGGAAUUUUUUUGUGUUAUGUUUAAAAUUGUCAAAAUCAUAAUGAUUGCCAAACACUCGAGAUGCUUUACAUUCUUCUUCUUCAUGUGCCAUCUCCUCUAAGAAGGUUGGCAACCAUCAUGGCAAUUCGCACUUUCGAUACCGCAGCUCUAAAGAGAUCAGCAGAAGUGCAAUUAAACCAAGCUCUCAAAUUGUUUAACCAGGAAAUGCGUCUUCUUUCGCGACUCCUUCUACCCUGUAUUCUUCCUUGUAUUAUUAAUUGUAACAAGUUAAAACGCUCGCCCUUCAUAACAUGUCCCAGAUAUUGGAGUUUUCUGACUUUAAUUGUAUUUAAAACCUCUUUAUCUUUUCCCAUUCUUCUCAACACCUCGAUAUUCGUGACUCUAUCCACCCAACUUAUUCUUAAUAUUCUUCUGUAGGCCCAUAACUCGAAGGCUUCUAAUCUGUCCGAAAAUCCUUCUUUAAUGUCCAAGCCUCCAACCCAUAGAAUAAUACGGAGAACACGUAGCAUCUCAGAAGUCUUAUCUUUAAAGAAAUUGUAAUGUCCCUGCUACAGAGUACUUUUUUCAGUUUGUUGAAAGCAUUUCUUGCCUGUCCUAUUCUUGAUUUAAUUUCUUCUGUAGAGAUUAAAGAUCUUACAUUAGAAAACCUAUUUUUAAGUUGAAUAAUCAUAGUGUCAACAAUUAAAAAAAAACGAUUUACAUCCAUGUUUAAUUGCACGCACACAGACUGUAAUAGGUAAGUAACCAUUGUAACCAUUCUAAAAAGUGGUAACAAGAGUUCUAUUAUCCACAGCUCACAGCACCAUAGCGCACCCACGCCAUCGCCUUUCAAAAUUUUCAGACACGAGCCGUUUCCGCCCGUCCGACCGAUUUCGUUACCACAAACAAAAGUGGUAACAAAAUAACCUGCAGCCGAGUCGCAUAAACUCAUCAAUAUUUUCGUGCGUCUAUAGUUGGCUUUUUUCUGAAAAUUAUUCUACUAUACAGUGAUGAGCGCGCUAAAAACCGGCAAAAUAGCACAAAAGAUGGAAAACGUGUUAAGUUGUGAGAAAAAAAGAAAUGAAACUAGUCGAGCUGGGAAAUUUAGCGAUAUUAACCUAUGAAUUUGCAUAAUAUUGAUUGUUUCCCACCUUUACACGUAUCAGAUGAGUAUGUCAACUAAAACUGUCACUGUGACAGUGGCAGUUGCCAAACUCAUCCAAUACGUCUAAAGGUGGGAAACAAUCAACAUAAUGUAAAUUCAUAUUUUAAUAUCGCUCAAUUUCCCAGCUCGACUAGUUUCAUUUCUUUUUAUCUCACAACUUAAUACGUUUUCCAUCUUUUGUGCUAUUUUGCCGGUUAUUAGCACGCUCAUCACUGUAUAGUUAAUUAAUACUAUAAAUAGUAUUAAUUAACACUCAUAUUUCUGUUGUAAAAAAAUAAAAUGGAAUUAUUUCACAGUAGUCAUAAAAUAUUUUUAUUUGCAAGAUUCUUAAUUGUUACCAAUGGCAGCAGUGGUUACAUGGACGCUUCGCCAGUUCGUGACAAAAUUAGUCUACAAUAAAAAUCAAUUAUUAUAAACAUUUCUGGGUAAACAAGGAGAUUUAACGCCUAUUUACGCCCAAGCAUUAACGGAAAAGCGCUGACUGUUAUUAGUCUUCUUCUUCUUAGUCUUCUAUCGUCCAUUUUUGGGCGUAGGCCUCUCCCAACUCCUUCCAUCGAUUUAUAUCCUGAGCAACAUACUUUCAAUAUUUGUUCCGGCUAUUCUUUUUAUGUCCUUAGACCUUAGUAUUUUUCUAUUUAUAGAAGUGUGGCCUGCGAAGCUCCAUUUGAGUUUGGCAAUUUUUGUUGUGAUAUCCUCGACUUUUGUAUUUGAUCUUACCCAGUAGUUCCUCUUUUUAUUUGACAGUCGUAUACCUAACAUGGCUGUUUCAGGCUUGGCUAGGGUUUAGUGUCAUUGGUUAGGGUCCAGGCUUGAUAUCCACCCAUAUAGCACACAACGUCCGAUGGACGUCCAUAUAACGUACACUUAAAGUCCAAACGUCCAUGGACCAAAACUGGACGUAUUAUGUACGUACAUUACGCGACGUCAAUUGGGCGUUUGAUUUCAACGUACAUUGGGCAUCCAUUUGUGGUCCAUGGAGAUUUUACACAAAACGCAACUAUUAUUAUAAGUAAUGAUAUAUAGCUUCUGGUUUUAUUCAAAGCAAUAUUAUUAGUAGAAUACAAGAAGCUUCUAAUAAAUGUAGUCACAUAUUUUUUCAUCAUCGAAUUAAAACACUGAACCACUAAAAUUAUUUUAAUUAAACCUAGAUAAUAUUAGACGAUGAUAAAAUGAUCGUAAACUUUUUCAGAAUAACGGAGCUACAUCGGUAAUUAUAGACCUUACAAUAAAUAGACACUACCAAUUUAAAUCUUAAAUGUGCAUUUUGUAACUGUUAAAUUUCCCGCUUUGCAAUAUUGUCCCCAACACAAACUAAAUGAGAAUCUUCUUAACAACGUUGUCGCUCUUCGAGCUAUUGGUCGUGAAAGGUAGUAUUAGGUAGGUACUUUUAGGGGAUUAUCGCUGUUAAUUGUUGUGGAAUACUGAAGGAGGAUUUAUUUAUGAUAAUUCACAGAAAGGCAAACCCGCUUGCAAUAUACAACAGCCGUACAGUCGUACUGACUCUAAAAAUAAUGUUUGGAACAGAGAAUAAACCUUUUUUAAUGUGCAUGCUUCAUAGAGCGCCAUUAUCUAAAUCUCGUCUUUAUUAAAUUAUUACAUACAAUGUAAUACAUCCUGUGAUAUAUUUGUGUUUUCUGUUUAUCGUGCAAGUGCAGUCGGGCAUUAAUGAAGUUCCUAUAAUAAAGUAUAUAUAAUAAAGUUAUAGAAAAGAGAAAUAAAAAAAUGUCUUUUGUGUAACAUUUUAAAGUAUAAGUUAAAUAUUAUAGGAACUAUUUCCUAUAAAGGCUUUUUGCUAUGUAAAUAUUCACAAAAUUAUGGAUACAAUAUUUCUUUCUGAAAACUGCCCUACAAAUGUCCAUAAGACGUACAUUGAAUGUACAUAAGGUGUACACUGAAAGUUCCAACAACGUACAAUGUACGUUUGUAGCGGACGUUCUAAGGACGUCCAAUUUUGUGAACUCUGGACGUUCGUUGGACGUUGGACGUCCAUCGGAUGUCCAUUGUACCUUAGCGGGACGUCCAUUGGACGUUCCAAUGUACACAGAUGUACGUCCAUUGGAUGUCCAUAAAACGUACUUGUGCUGUCUGAGCAUAGGUUAUGGUAGGAAGGAUGUACUGGUUGAACACUUUGCUCCUCAAGUAUUGAAAUAUUUUGCGGUUCUUUAGUAUUCAACUGAAUUUUAUAAAUCCUGCCCAUGCCAGUCUUGUGCUACUAGUGAUUAGUGAUUCCCGCACUUUGGUUUUCUUUGUCUAGUUUCAGAAGUUGGUCUAGGUAGAUAAGUAGAUACGUCUGGGGUCGUAUGUGUUUGUCAUUGUUUUUAUGUUAUAUUUAUUUUUAGACCGACAUAUUGAGAGCUCUCUGUGAGUUCUAUUGGUAGUGCCCAAAAUCCUCCUGAAUUUCUAGCAGGACAAUUGCCUAGUCUUCCGCUCCGCGUUUAGAAAUUUGGAACGAUGUUUCAUAGGGAACACCAUAUUGGUUCGAAAUUCUUUCCCGUGAAUUAAAAAUGCAUUUGCAAACUCGACUCAACACUCUCCUGUUUUAUUUUCGACAGUUUAAAAAAUAAGCACACAACACAACGGCUUUUUUAAAUAAACUAGAUUAUUAUUGCUGAAAUGUUAUGUGUGGUCUAUCCUACUGUAUAAUUGUGAGACAUGGAUGUUAAAAACCACAAUGCUAAACAAAAUAGAAGCAUUCGAAUUGUGGUGCUAUCGACGAAUCCUAAAGAUAUCGUGGGUUUCGCACACUUCCAAUGAAUAUGUUCUUCAAAUGCUGAAUUCAGAACGUCUGCUCAUAAGCAUCAUAAAGAGGAGAAAAACAGAAUACUUCGACCAUAUAAUUAGAGGACCUAAAUACCAUCUGCUUCGCCUUAUAAUACAAGGAAAAGUGGAGGGAAAGAGAUGGAUUGGUCGAAAGAAACUUUCAUGGCUGCGUAAUAAUAGACAAUGGUGUGGCUGCACAGUAGAAUUAUUUCGCGCAGCAGCCGAUAGAGAGAGAUUUCAAGAAAUUGUAAACAUGAUGACGGCCAACGUUUGAACACAGACACGGCACCUAAAGAAGAAGAUUAUUAUUUAUUUUUUAAUACUAAUAGAUUAUGAUAGAUAUAUUUUAUUAGAGCAUUGUCUAAUUGUCAUUAGACACUUUCCCUAUACCUCGUCUAAAACGGUUUCGCAAUCUUUGUUGCUUUUAGCGUCGCUUCUUAGCAUAUAAGAUGAGAGUUUUUCUGAUAUUUAUUCCGCAGCCAUUCCAUUUGGACCAAACUUCUUCUUAUUUUUCUGUAACAUUCGACUUUUAAGCCUCAAUACGGACAGACAGACAGACAUGAAACCGUAAGUAUAUAGUUGUGCUCGUCUUGCUAAGGCGCAUCGAAUAAUAUAUCGCUUGUACUAUUUCAGCGACUCUAAAACAAUACAUCCGGUUGCAACUCUACAACCAAAAGUCCUAGGUCAAAUUUCUCAGCUUUAGUACCAUUUUUGUGUUAUAAGCUCUUAUUCGAUACCCCAUUUGUCAUUCUAUCUAUCUAAUAACGGAGGAAUUCUGCCCUGUGAUGAAUCAUUCAGUUAAAUAUAACGUAAAGUUAUCCUGUAGUUAAGUUAUAAUGGUCGAAUUGGUGUGAUAUAUAAUAUUUAUCUUAACUACUUGCAUUAUUUCUUGGCAGUUCUUGAGUUAUCUGAUGUAUUAACUGUCACUUUAUAACGCGACGUUAAACGUUCAGUUAUGAAAUAACUUAUGUAAGGAUUGUAAGGUUAAGUUUAUGUUUUGAUUUGUUUUUAAAUAGAAAUCAAGUAAAUAUUUAACGUAGAACGCUGCUUCAGAUUGUCCCAGGAUCUUGUGUGACAGUUUAUUAAUUUAAUAAAACAAAUUUAAUAUCAAAUAGAAAGCGGCAUAAAAUUAAAUAUAUCAGAAACAUAGACCACAGACAUAACAAUCAUUAGAAACACGUUGGUCAUAAUAAAAUUAAAACAAUAUUGAAAAUGAAAAAUAAAACUAAUAAUUUAAGAAUAGAAGGGUAAUACAAUUUUAAAAAUCAUACAAAAAUCAUGUCGAGGGAUAUAAGUUGAAAUUUAUAAACAUAAUGAUUUUAAGUAGAACCAUACCUACUUUUAUGGUUAUCUUCCCAUCAUGUGCCAUAUUCCCAUCAUUCUCUCGCACUCGCUCCAACUUGUACUAUUUCUACACAAGGUUCUCUUUGUUAGAGAAACCAAUAGUUACUUCUUUUUUAACGUUAGGAAAUAACUCAUCUCAUAACGGUGACGUAUACGUCACAAGGAAUUUACGUAAAAAGUUAUCGAGACAGAUACCUGUCAGAAUUAUCUUAACUUUAACGCAAACGUUUAAGAUAACUUCGGUCAUCCGUCAAAGGGUUGACUGUCAUGGUAUAGCUGGGGGUUGGAGCCCCCUUGCUUAAGGUAGCUAAUUCCGGAAACUCACUAUUUACGCACCACUUAUUUAUUUGUAUUAUUUACGAUACGUACUUAGCUGAGGACGUAUCGCGAUAUAAGGAUAGGAUAGGAUAUCUUCAUCAGAGCUCACAGCUCAGAUUUCUAGUAUCGGAUUCUAAUUAUUAUUGGCAGAUGCUCCCGCAUGCUUUUAUUGCUAUCAACAAAUAUUAUGACACAUUCAUACACCAGUCUUACUGGAUCAAGUUUGCGUUAUAUAACGUGUGCAUUUUUGCUACUUACUUACUUACUUACUCCGUGGCGUUACUACCCUUCGUGGGUUUUAGCUGACUCGACAACAUGCCCCCACUGUUCUCUAUCUUGAGCAACCUCCAUCUAAUUCUCCACGUCUAUAGUGUUCAGGUCUCCUGCUAUGUUAUCUCGCUCCGGAGUCGAGGACGUCCGCGUGGUCUUCUUCUAGUUGGGACUUCUUCCCACACAAGCCUUGCUGUUCUUUGGUCAGAAUGUUUCUGAGGUGUCCUGCCCAUUAGAGUCUUCAGGACUUUAUUUCUUUUAUGAUGUUGACGUCUGGGUAAAAUUCUUCAAGUUCUUUAUUAGUUCUCAUCUUAUAUUGUCCUGAUGCUUUAUCCAGUACAGGCCCAAAGAUCUUCCUUAAGAUUUUUUUCCCAAACACAUAGUAUCUCUUCGUUUGCCUUUGUUAUCGUCCACGUUUCUCUACUUGACAUCACAACGGGUCGUAUGAUUGUUUUAUACACAUGUGUAUAUGUUAAAAUUGUCAGAAAAAUCUGCGCAAGAAAACUACCUCAAAACACAAUACAAUAUUAUCCGUAAUUUGACAGUGGAAGCACUAAACUAAUAAACAAAUCAAAGAUAAGCAUAAGAGGAGUUAAACAUUAGCACAGAUGAAAUUACGAAAGAAGUACGUCUUGUUAGUUGUUUCGAUUUUAUAGGGUUUUGGAGGGCAAAAAGACAUCUGUUAGCGGCCUGUUGUCGGCCUUUUUUUUGGCCCAUUUCAUUUCGGCCAAUUUUUGCUACGCUAACAGAAAAAACACUGUCUCAUCAUAUUGCACGUAAUAUUAACGAUGUGCUCUAAUUUCAAAGUAAAUAAGGCCAAUACAAUGGCUUGUGUUUCUAUAAUAUAUAUAACUAUGGUAUUUCGAUAUUAAUAAUUUAAGAAUUCUAAAAUUUUGUAAAACUAUUCGUAAGAUACUUAAUUUUACUACAUUGUGUUUACAAAGUCUCUGGGACAGACAGAAACAGAUAAUUCAAGGUUUUCACAUUUUUUAUGAAAUGGGUGAAAACAACAGGUACCUAUGAAAUUUUUAAUGCUUAAAUGGAUGUUUUUAUUAAUGAUAGCAAGGGAAACUGGAAAUCCAUUUAAAAUUUUACAAAUCGCAAUAACUAUGGUAUUACUGCAAUUUUAAAAACUAUGUUACCAAAAAGCAAUAUUUGCAUAUCAAAAUAUUAUUUUUAAAACCUAAUUAAGAAAAGUCAAUACGAGAACAAUUUAUAGAUACCUACAGCCAAUACAAAUGGGGAAGUGAUAAUACAACAAAUAAAAUAUAAGUUGUUUUGUCAAAGCUUUCUAAUCACGACUUCUUUUAUAUUAAAUGUUACAGCAAAUGCUUAAAAAUGAGUAAGAUUGUUUUGCUCAGUGCCUCAUUAUAAAUUUGCUAGAAAGCAAAGGUUUUACCGAAUCGCCUAUUAAGAGCAGUUGUUGAAGUUAAAAUGUGAUGUGUUUUAUAUACCUAACAGUAGUUUCACAUUUAAUAAGUAAUAAUUAAACUUGUUAAUAAAUUAUUGAAAUAUAAUACUUAAUGAUAUAUUUAUCUUUUGUGAAAUAAAGUUUGCUUUAUUUUUAAA